AGGGUCCCGCAGGAGAAAGAAAGAAACUUUCAACUGUGAGGUUUUUUUUCAGUCCCAGGACCCAAACAUGCGAUGGAGAAAUGAGGUGAAAGUAGCGCGUUGCGGGUCUCUGUUGUCCAGCGAUGAGUGAGAGGCAUGAUAUUUAUGGGAGGAAGGAGCGUGCAUGGGGCAUUUAAGGCACCGGGGACAGUCUGAAAAAGCAACAUCCUCUUCCCGCCGCAUGCAGCUUCUCGUCAUGUGUGAGGACUGCAAAGGAGGCGAAGAGCUGCGAGGCACCUGCACCGAGGACAGGAGAGACAUCAUGGGCGCACCGGUGGAAGUUUUGGAUGAAAACACUUCGUCCCCUCAGGUGAUGGCAUCUGCGCCUCUGCUGGGCAGAAGUGUGUGCGCGAGCUGCAAUGAGGAAAUAGUGGAUAAAUAUUUAUUAAAGGUGAAUGACUUGUGCUGGCAUGUGCGCUGUCUGUCCUGCAGCGUGUGCCAGACUUCACUUGGCAGCCAUGCGAGCUGCUACAUCAAAGAAAAAGAAAUUUUCUGUAAACUGGAUUACUUUCGAAGAUACGGUACCUGGUGCGCCUGCUGCGGCCGCAACAUCCACUCCACGGACUGGGUCCGGCGCGCAAAGGGCAGCGUGUAUCACCUGGCCUGCUUCGCCUGCUUCUCCUGCAAGAGGCAGCUGUCCACCGGGGAGGAGUUCGCUCUGGUGGAGGGGAAGGUGCUCUGCAGGGUCCACUACGACUGCAUGCUGGACAACCUCAAGCGGGCGGUGGAGAAAGGAAGCGGUGUUAACAUGGAGGGGGCUGUACCCACCGAGCAGGAGGUUAACCAGCCAAAGCCCUCCAAGAGAGCUCGGACCAGCUUCACUGCAGACCAGCUGCAGGUGAUGCAGGCUCAGUUUGCUCAGGACAACAACCCCGAUGCUCAAACACUGCAGAAACUGGCGGAGCAGACGGGCCUCAGUCGGAGAGUCAUACAGGUUUGGUUUCAGAACUGCCGGGCACGCCACAAAAAGCACGUGAGCCCUAACCACACCUCAAGCAGCCCCAUGACCUCGCUGCAGCCCAGCCGCCUGCCCCAGCCCACGCCGACCCCCGAGGAGCUGCAGUACACAGCCUACGGAGGCCCGGAGGGGUCAAUGCUCUCCGCACUACACUCCUUCAUAGACAUACACUCUCCUCCUUCCAUGUUUCAACCUCUGCUGCCAGGCCACGUCAUGACCUCCCUGCCUGUGUCUCACGCCUGAGGUGCUCUCUCUGUCUGUCUGUCUGUCUCUCUGUCUGUCUCUCUCUUACUCACACACACAUACACCUGCACACCUACACAUUCACUCAGCAGCCUCAGAUUCAAACUUACCGGCUAUCAUUUUAUUUUCAGUGAACCAUUGCACAGUUUUCUUUCUUAAACUGCCAUUAAUCUAUCUUUACAUUUGUGUGUGUGUGUGUAUAAAUAUAUACAUAUAUAAAUAUAUAUGUGUAUAUGACAUUUUUUUAUUUACAGACAUAUAUGUAUAAUGUGGAAAUGCAAAGGUUUUAGUGUAGUUCACGGGAUUGUGGCACAUGUUUGAUUUGUUUGUGUAGUUGAUGUCAAACGUUGACUGUGCUGCUCUUAAGUGAAAUCCACCAGACCCAAAGCUCCAUAUGAAGGUGAACUUAAACUUGUCUGUGUUACAGUGUUGCUAUUUAAUUUAUUGUCUGUGAAGUCUGUUUCAAGAAUAUAUGUCCUAAUUUCACUAGAUCUGAAAGAUGAA